AUGCCUGAUUUUGUAACUGGUGAACGUCGUGCAGGGCUUUUUGGCUUGCGACGACGGUUGGAGGAGUCCUGUUCAGCGCGCACUGAUUCCGUCUCUAGCACGUCACAACAGGGCUUUAGAAAGUCUCGAUCGCUCUUGGAUAACAAAGUACACAGACACGAUGUGAAUCCAGAAGCUGCCAUAGUUGGUGAUCGCCUUCUUCAAACUGCAUCUGAAAGCCGCAACGAACUAUUACAAUCAUUUUACGAGGUUGUGCGCCCAAAGGUACCAGGCAUAGAUUUCGUUGUAUCAGGCACUAUACCUGGAGCAUAUGCUGAUCAUAUAUUCGAAUGCUGUACGGAGCAACUUAUCGCCAGGUUCGGUCCGAACAACGUUAUACGUUUCCACGCCCACCAACUGUAUUACACACAGUUUGCUCUACUGUUUCGUGGCGAAACUGAAGGGAUUGAAUAUGACGUGCUAGUCAACAGGGUCAAGUAA